CCAACGCGACCAUUGUUUAUCUUCUUCUUUUAUAUAUGUCCCUUUCUAUAAAUAUUCAUAUAUAGCAAGAAGAGAAAAGUCGUAUAUAUUUCAUUCAUUUAUAGCCAGCCCAUAUAGAACGGUCUAGAGAGAGGAUUAAUUGAUGGCUGGCUUGCAAAGAUCUGCCGUGUCUUUCAGGAGGCAGGGUUCCUCAGGGCUUGUAUGGGAUGAUAAGCUUAUCUCAGGAGAGCUAAACAAAGUCAACCAAAAACAAGAACACGAAGAACAAGAGCUACAGCAUGAUCAGAAGACAGAUAUCAAGCUAGAGAACGAUGUCAGACCAACUUCAAGAUCAUCAACGCCCAGCAUCACCAUUGAGAGAAGUCGAUCCAACGGUGGACAACGUGGCUACCGCACCGGCAGGGUGUCUCCGGCAAUAGAGCCUCCCUCUCCAAAGGUGUCUGCAUGUGGGUUUUGUGGUGCUUUCGGAAAACCAGCAAAGAAUCGUCGGAAAAAAGCAGGUAAGGGCAGAUCCCGAUAGUUCUCGUUAUUUCCAUGGAAUAUUCCGGUGGAAAUGAGGUGUGGUUAUUUAUAGUAUGGGUAUAUUCAUACAGGUUUGUAGAUUUAUUAAAACUCGUCAGUUCAUCUCAAUAAAGUGAGAUAUAGGAAUUUUUAGAAGAGAGAAAAAAAAAAGAAAAAAAAGAGAGUUAUGGAUUGCAUUUUUGUUUGGUUAAUUUAUCGUGGCAGUCUAUUGUCUUUUGCUUUUUACAUGUUUAGGCUUUAGGUAUGUUUUCUUGUCUUGGUGCUUCCACUUAUGUGUAUAUGGUCGAGUACUUGAGGAUUAUUAUUAUUAUUUUUUUUUU